AUGCAAUGGGGCCGGAGGCUGCUAUUUUUUCCCAGCUUCAGUACCGGUGACAAUUUUGUCUGCCCUGAUGGUAGUGGCCUAAGCCGCUAUGAGUUUGCGGGAGACCAGGACGGCUUCGGCUUGGGAAAUGGUGUUCCUGUCAGCAAAGAGGAAUUCCCCAAGACGUGUGUGAAUGGCUUUGUCCCUAGUCCAGAAGCUCAACUCGUCAAAUUGCAAUCAAGGAACAACCAAACCAUGUACGCUGCUGUAGUUACUACUUGUGACACGCCGAACCCAGAGAAGUACAAUUGCUACACCCGUAACCCUAACCCAACCACGUAA